GAAUGGGUUGAGGGGUAUAUUCGAGACAUCAUUUUAAAGAAAUAGAAGGCACAUUCAUUUGUUUGAGUGCAAGAGAAAGUAUAGCAAAGACCGUUAGCUCAAAACAUUUCCAAUUCCAAAUACUACAAAUCAACAAAAUUAAUCAAACCAAUUAUUCCUUAAAUAACAACAACAUUCUUCCUCUAUUUAAACCAAUCCUUAAUCCAUUCUUUAAUUUUCUACAAGAUUUUCUUGAAUUUCUUUUGUGAAAAGGAAAAAUUGGAAGAAUAAUCUUCAUUUUGGUAUUGGGUAUUGAAUUACAGAGAUGGGGGAUGUUGAUACAGAAUCUGGGUCGUCUUCAUCGUCUUUGAAUGACCCGGUUUCUUCAUCUGGGUCGUUCAUUUUCACCAAUUAUCCUCUGGUUGCUGCUCUUGUUGCCUUUGCUCUUGCCCAAUCCAUCAAACUCUUCACUUCUUGGUAUAAGGAAAAGCGAUGGGAUUUCAAGCAACUUAUCGGAUCCGGUGGAAUGCCAUCUUCUCAUUCCGCCACUGUUACUGCACUUGCCAUAUCAGUCGGGUUCCAAGAAGGCUUUGGCGGAUCAUUAUUUGCCACUGCAUUGAUCUUAGCUUGUGUUGUGAUGUAUGACGCGACUGGUGUAAGACUACAAGCUGGACGGCAAGCAGAGGUGUUGAAUCAAAUUGUAUAUGAGCUACCUGCUGAGCAUCCUCUGGCUGAGAGAUUACCUCUGAGAGAACUUCUUGGUCACACCCCUACUCAGGUUAUUGCCGGUGGUUUGCUGGGAAUUACAACAGCUAUUAUUGGCCAUUUUGUCGCUAGAACGGCGAGCAGUCAAAGUUGAUGCAUAAGAAAGUCACACCCGUCUUGCAGCGCAUUUGAUAGUGAAAGUUCUGCUCACACAAAAAGAAAGACUUGAAGUUUGAAUGCCGAGUUUGUUCUUCUAUAACUUGGCAUAUUCUUCAAGUGAACUUACCAUAUGUUCAUUCUAUUGGUAAUAUUUUAGACAUGUAAUCUGGUUGAUUGCAGUAUAUGCUGUAAUGUUCAUGUCUGUUGCAUAUACCAAACCCCGACAAGCAUACAAUUCUAGGAAAAUGCAAUGAAAAUUACAGGAAUUAGGCUAA